AUGCUGGAGCCUUCGUCGGCGCAACCCUUUACUNNCCCCCUUCCGCACGAGCAAACUCUCUACAAGUCACCAGCCCGUACAACUUUCUCCUUGCAGUCGCUCAACAAGUUUCCUGGCAAAGAGCCUGUUCACUGGUCAGCCUCUACUGGCACCUUGUACCUCACCAACCGCCGCCUCGUCUACCUGCCCUCCACACCGACACCUCAACUCCAGUCUUUCGCCGCACCUCUUCUCAACACUCACGAUUCGCAUGUUGUCGCUCCUUGGAUAGGACCCAAUGUCUGGACCGCACUCGUGCAACCCGUUCAGGGAGGUGGCAUUCCUGCACACAUCCCUGCGCUAGAACUCAAGUUUGCAUUCAAGGACGGAGGAGCAUACGAUUUCCACUCUGGAUACGAAAGAGUCAAGGAGAGACUACAACAACAAGUCGAUGUCGCGAGACAAUCAGGUCAUCUCCAAGGCGAUGGCAGCGAGGCUGGACGCGGAAGAGGAGGAGACUCUCUUGCCGCUGUUGAUGUCGCAAAUGUUCAUUUGGAUGAUUUGCCUGCCUACGAGGAAACUGGUGCUUCAGUACCAGUUCCUCAGCCUCAAGCUCCGGCUGCUCAGGCACCUGCAUCAACACAAGCUUCUGGUCCCUCCGAGUCGCAUGCGCCAGAAGUCUUCACACCACCUGCCGAGCCCCCACCAGGAUAUGAGCAAGUGCAGAGGGAGACUGUGGAAGAUGAAUUGGAAAGAAGAUUGAGCAGCGGUCAAGUUCUUUGA